UAGUUGCUUUAUUUUUAUUUUCAGGUUCAAGUUAACAGUAACUUUUUAAACAUCCGGGGUUUACACGUUCGCUCUUUCUCACUUCCUGGGUGCCAUUUUUCCAUUUUUGGAUUCUAGUUUCCAAGGCAAAGGUCUAAGAGAGAAAGGGCUGGAUCCCGAGGGGAGGAGACCUGGGUUUCAGAGCUCUACUUCGAAGCCCUCCGGCCUCAGUGACUGUCAGGGAAGAGGUAAAACAAUCACAGGGAUUCACCCAAACGGCAAGUAUUUAGGAAGCUCCUGCUGCACGCCGCAAAGCUCCCUGGCUCCGCUCGCUUUUGGAAGGGGGCGGUGGGGGGAAGAGUCCACCCAGUCUGGAACACGGGGAAACUUCUACUCUACAGCUGGGAAACUAGAGCUCGAGGGAAGGGUCGCCCUCGCCUCCCCGCGUUUGCGCCUGCGCGGCACAACAGGUGGCUAGUCCGCCCCCUCGCUGACGCUUCUGCGCGUGCGCAUACGCGGAUGGCGUGACAGGUGAGCGCGAGGCGCGGCGUCUUCAUGAGGAAGUUGUGAGGCCGAACUAAGCCUGCCAGGCCUGGGCCGACCGAGGCGGGGCCCGGGCGUGGCGCCGUUGCUGCCUCGUCAUUUUCUGGAGAUGAGGUGGAAGCGACGUCCGGGAGGAGGAGGAGGAGGAGCUACGCUGGCGGAGGGGAGCCGGCUCUCGGGCAGGAACCCCAAGUGAACCGGGCUCCUGUCUAGCGGGGGCUCACUCUGUAGGGGGCUCGGGGAAGGAGGGUAAGCCGGAAGUCCCGCCCCUCCGCGGGAGGCAUCGGGGGCCAUGGACGCCGCGACGCUGGAGCGGGACGCGGUGCAUUUCGCUCAAUUGGCGGUGCAGAAGGACCAGGGAGGCCGUUACCAGGAGGCGGUGUUCUACUACAAGGAAGCUGCACAAGCCUUAAUUUAUGCUGGGAUGGCAGGUUCAACCUUAGAAAACAUUCAAGAUAAAAUAAAUGAGUAUUUGGAAAGAGUUCAGGCUCUCUAUUCAGCGGUUCAGUCACAGAAGUGUGACCCUUUGAAGCCAAAGCAGCAGUUGGAUUUGGAACGUGCCCGUUUCCUGGUGACACAGGCUUUUGAUGAAGAUGAUAAAGGCAAUGUUGAAGAAGCUAUAGAACUAUACACAGAAGCAGUGGAUCUCUGUCUGAAAACAUCUAAUGAAACUUCUGACCAGUCCUUGCAAAGUAAACUGAAACAGUUGGCUCGACAAGCUCUGGAUAGAGCAGAAGCAUUGAAAGAAUCUAUGUCAAAGCCAUCUCAAAAGGACAAACCAGCCGCAGUUAAAUCAAAUCAGCCAAUCAGAACAUUUUUUCCACUGGGACCUGAUUUUUCCUUGAAUGACAAACCUCAAACAGUUAGAACUGUGCAGUCAAGUGAACCUCAGGGGCAGAGAUACACAGCAGAAGAAAUAGAAGUUCUCAGAAAGACAUCCAAAAUAAAUGGUAUUGAAUAUGUUCCUUUCAUGAAUGUUGACUUGAGAGAACGCUUUGCCUUUCCAAUGCCAUUUUCUGAUAAAUGUGGCAAGUUACCAUUAUCACCAAAACAAAAGGCAAUAUUUUCUAAAUGGGUGCGACCAGAUGAUCUCACUAACAAUCCUACAAUGAUCUAUACCGUAUCCAGCUUCAGCAUCAAGCAGACGAUAGUAUCAGAUUGUUCCUUUGUGGCAUCACUAGCAAUCAGCGCAGCUUAUGAGAGACGGUAUAAUAAGAAAUUAAUUACAAGCAUAAUUUAUCCUCAGAAUAAGAAAGGCGAACCAGAGUAUAAUCCAUGUGGGAAAUACAUGGUAAAACUUCAUAUUAAUGGUGUUCCAAGAAAAGUAAUAAUAGAUGACCAAUUACCAGUUGAUCGAAAUGGAGAACUACUCUGUUCUUAUUCUAAUAAUAAAAGUGAAUUGUGGGUGUCUCUCAUAGAAAAGGCAUAUAUGAAGGUCAUGGGAGGAUAUGAUUUUCCAGGAUCCAAUUCAAACAUUGAUCUACAUGCACUUACUGGGUGGAUACCAGAAAGGAUUGCUAUGCAUUCAGACAGUCAGAAUUUCAGUAAAGAGAGUUCUUUCAGAAUGCUUUACCAAAGAUUUCACAAAGGAGAUGUUCUUAUCACCACAGCUACUGGAGUGAUGUCUGAAGAGGAAGGAGAGAAGUGGGGCCUGGUUCCCACACAUGCAUAUGCAGUUCUGGACAUCAGAGAAUACAAGGGUCUGCAAUUUAUCCAGUUGAAAAACCCUUGGAGUCAUUUACGUUGGAAAGGAAGAUACAGUGAAAAUGAUUUGAGAAACUGGACUCCGGAGCUACAAAAAUACUUAAAUUUUGAUCCAAGAACAGCCCAGAAAAUAGACAAUGGUAUUUUCUGGAUCUCUUGGGAGGAUCUGUGCCAAUAUUUUGAUGUGAUUUAUUUGAGUUGGAACCCAAGUCUUUUUAGAGAAUCAACAUGUAUUCACAGUACCUGGGAUGCUAAACAUGGUCCUGUGAAAGAUGUGUACAGCCUGGCAAACAAUCCCCAAUAUAAACUAGAAGUUCACUGUCCACAAGGUGGCACUGCAGUCUGGGUUCUGCUUAGUAGACACAUAACUGACAAGGAUGAUUUUGCAAAUAAUCGAGAAUUUAUCACAAUGGUAGUAUAUAAGAGUGAUGGGAAAAGAAUUUACUACCCAGCUGACCCUCCUCCAUAUAUUGACGGAAUUCGCAUCAAUAGCCCCCACUAUCUAACCAAGAUAAAGCUGACAACCCCAGGGCCUCAUAUGUUUACACUAGUAGUAUCUCAGUAUGAGAAACAGAACACCAUCCACUACACAGUCAGGGUGUAUUCGGCAUGUAAAUUUACUUUUUCAAAGAUUCCUACACCAUAUGUUGUAUCAAAAAGGAUUAAUGGGCAAUGGAAAGGUCAAAGUGCUGGAGGAUGUGGGAACUUUAGGGAUUCCCACAAGAAGAACCCCAUCUACCAAUUCCAGUUAGAAAAAGCUGGACCUCUACUGAUUGAGCUAAGAGGACCAAGGCAAUAUAGUGUUGGGUUUGAACUCAUCACAGUGUCAGUGGUAGGAGAUCCUGGCUCUUCAGGCUUUCAGAAGAAAAGCAGUGGCGAUUAUAGAUGUGGAUUUUGUUACCUUGAAGUGGAAAAUAUCCCUACUGGAAUCUACAAUAUCAUCCCCAGUACCUUUUUGCCUAAACAAGAAGGUCCCUUUUUCUUGGACUUCAAUAGUGUUGUCCCUAUCAAGGUAACACAGCUUCAGUGACUGAGAAAUUACUACAGUAAAUACUGGACUUGACUCAAUGGCAUCCACCAAAUAUGAACUGUCCUGUUCCUACAAAGAAUGUAAGUUUACAGAUGAACUUGUACAUCUCAGACUGUAUGUCUUGGGCUACUAUUUACUAAAAUGAAUCAUGUCUCCAUCUUUAGACUCACAUUUAUUUAUUUAUGACUGAGGAUUUUGUCCCUCAGGUAUUAUCAAGGAACAGAACUUAGCAUGAAAAUGCUUAACAGAACAAAUUCUUUAAGUUACAGGUGUAUCUCAUAUGAAAUCAUGUAGAUAGAAGAAUGCAAGUAUUUUGCCUAUUCCAGCUUUGUGGUUCAUCUUGUAUCAAGUUUGAAAAUGACAGAAUCCUCUGGGAUGAUGAAGAUAUCAGUUGGCUUUUUUUACACUCUUUUCUAUUCACUUUGAUACUUUUUAGUUCUCUCUUAUGGAAAACCUCACUUUGAAAAAAGUGCAAUUGAGAGCUUAAAUAAGAGUUUAAUUUAAGAGUAAUAUUAAUAUGAUUAUUUUGAUUCAGGAAAAAAUGAAUUUUCUAGUUACUAAUGUCAUUUUUAAAAUUCCGAAGUAUUUACCUAAGCACUUUGGGAAGAUUUGUAGAUUUUAAAGAAUUUGAAAAUUUGAUACUCAGAUUUUCUCUACUUAUUAUUAGUAAGAACAUUUAAUUUGACGUUAACAUGGCUUUUUAUUUCAGUGAAAGAUGUUUAUUACAGCCUUCUGAAUAAUUGUGCAAUUUAACUUAAACCCAAGAAACCAAAUAGGAAAUAAAAUGUUUCUUGCACCUA